CCCCGCCACUGCCAUCUGCAGCUAAGAUCCCCAGAGUGACACCCAACACCUCACUCUCUCUCCCAGGUGCCAGAGCAAGGGCUCCGAUCUGUGCACUUACUUACCGGACCAUCUCUAAGGACACCAUGGACCCGGGACAUGAACCGAAUAUUGAGCUCUUCGUAAAGGCUGGGCAUGACGGCCAGAAGGUGGGGAACUGCCCAUUUUGCCAAAGGCUUUUCAUGGUGCUUUGGCUGAAAGGAGUCAAGUUCACGGUGACCACCGUCGACAUGAAAAAGAAGCCCACAGAACUGAAAGACUUGGCCCCCGGGACGAACCCACCCUUUCUGCUGUACAACGGGGAGCUGAAGACAGACUUCAUCAAAAUCGAGGACUUCCUGGAGACAAUGCUAGCCCCCCCGAGGUACCCGCACCUCAGCCCCCAGAACAAGGAAUCCUUCGAUGUAGGCGCAGACAUCUUUGCCAAGUUUUCUGCUUAUAUCAAGAACAGUCCCAGCAACCAAUAUCAAGAGACAGCCCUUUUACGGGAGUUCAAGAGACUGGACGACUAUCUGAACACGCCCCUCCCAGAAGAGAUUCACCAAAAUGCCACCAAGAACAUCGUAGUCUCCGACAGGAAGUUCCUGGAUGGCAACCGCCUAACCCUGGCUGACUGCAACCUACUGCCCAAACUCCAUGUCAUUAAGAUUGCUUCCAAGAAAUUCUGUGGCUUUGAAAUCCCCACACAGUUCACAGGCGUGUGGCGAUACCUGAAGAAUGCUUACGAGAGGGACGAGUUCACACAAACCUGCCCUGCUGACGUCGAGAUUGAGAUGACCUAUCUGAAUGUGGCUGGCAAGCAGAAAUGAUACGAAUUAUCAAACCAUUACAGAUGCCAGCAGAAUUACAACUUACCAUAUACCGCUACCAUACCUUGGGUGUGACUCUUUGAUUGGCCAUGUUAUUUACAGUUAACUGAAAUAUUAAAAAAUGUGGCCCCAUGACAUAAACUAUAUAAAUUUCAAUUGUCCUGGUUAAAAGCAAAUCUUAUUCUGUGUCAACUCUCAUAUGUUGGUAGCUGUCCUGAGCCCACAAUUUGCAAGGAGCCAAUUCCCAUUUAUUUUAUGCUCUCCAUCAACAGCAUACUUUACUAUUACAACAUAACAGAUACACAUUUUUCUGUAUGAAAAAAUGGUCUAUCCAUGCUGUAGACAGACAGUUAUCUUUGUCUCUUAAUAUUUACUUGUAUGCUUACACAUUAUGAUUUGCAAUUAAUAUCGAAUAAGCAGCUUUUCGAAAGCCUAGUAUUUAGUCUGGUCUUAGACAGAUGAUGAAAUACUUUAAAACCUUUUUUUUUUUUUAAAGUAUUUUCGGAGGUCUGGACAAUGAUGGCAGUGACCAUGAAGUUGUUGACCUUGUAUGAACAUUUUCUUAAACAUGUUUUACAUUUUUUAAAUGCUUUGUGAAUUUCUCAUGUUAUAUUGCAAUAAUAUUUUUGGGAUAUUUAAAUUACAGCCUGUUUGAUUUAAUGUUAAAGAUUCUGAAUUUAAUUUUCAAUAAAAUCAUAGGCAAUGCUGUUA